UUACUCUACCUCUUCACUGAUAAUAACCUAACUUCAGAAUCCGAUUACAAUGUUGUCGAGAGGGAUGAAGUUAGGGAGACCACCAGUAGUAUCUGCUAUUCCCUUCUCCACUGAUAACGUUAACUUGCCAGUGCCUGAUAAUCUGAUAACACAAUGUGUGGUUAUUGAUGCCUUAGGCAUCUAAGAGUGUUGAUAUAGUCAAUUCGCAUCCCACUUUCUUCAAAUUCUAGCUCAUAUUCAAGCUGUUUCCUGUACCAUAUUCGAAGCAUUCACAAAGCUCAAUUCAUCAGCUUCCGCCAACUCAGGAACUAUGGACAUCUCUACGCUCAUAUCUCAGGCCCUGCCAAAUCUAGCUCCUUAUGAAUCCCUGUUUCGCACACUUCACGCCGAACCGGAGCUAUCUCUACAAGAAAGCGCAACAGCUAGAAUGAUUCACGACAAGUUAAAACUGCUCGAGGGCGUUGAAAUCCGACCGAACAUAGGCGGGCAUGGGAUCGUUGGAAUCCUCAGGUCCGGCACAGGAAAGACCGUCCUUCUUCGAGCUGAUAUCGAUGCAUUGCCCUUACAAGAGCAGACUGGUUUACCAUACGCAAGCACCAAAAGAAUGAUAGAUAUCACAGAUAAUGUUGAGAAACCGGUUAUGCAUGCUUGUGGUCAUGAUAUGCAUAUUACGUCUUUGCUUGCUGCUGCGGAACUCCUACAUACAUGUCGGGAUAGUUGGAAGGGGACGGUUGUGCUACUUUUCCAACCAAACGAAGAACGUGGCGCUGGUGCACAAGCUAUGGUUGAUGAUGGAUUAUACGACGAGAAGAGGCAUGCAGUUCCACGGCCGGAUGUUGUACUUGGUGCUCAUGUUAUGCCCAUGAGGGCAGGAAUGCUCAAUACAAGGAAAGGGAUCUUUGGUAGCGCAGCAGAUAGCUACCAAGCGACUCUAUUCGGCCGAGGCGGACAUGGAAGCCGCCCACAUACUACGGUGGAUCCAGUGGUUCUGGCAUGCAGCACGGUGAUGAAACUACAGACGAUUGUGAGUCGGGAGACGAAUCCACAGGAAGCGGUUGUCGUGACUGUUGGAGCGUUGCAGGCAGGCACGACAGAAAAUGUUAUUAGUUCAGAAGCACUGUUGCGUAUCAAUACUAGAACUUUUACCGCCGAGUCACGAAAUCGCGUCAAAGCCGCUAUUGAGCGUAUCAUCAAUGCCGAGUGCGUCGCCUCUAAUUCUCCCAAACCACCACUAAUCGAGGAGACGAGUUCGUUUCCAUUACUAUACAAUGAUGAAACAGCCACUGAAACUAUUUCCCAAGCAAUGAGGGAACAUUUUGGAGAGAACUUCUCCCCAGAUGGACCAGUCUCUAUGGGCAGUGAGGAUUUUGCAAACUUGGCUAUCUCAACACCUUCCUGCUUCUGGAAUUAUGGAGGAAUUGAUCCGCAACGAUGGGACGAAGCUGAAAAGGCUGGUAAGCUUGCUGAGAUUGCAGGUAUGAUCAUGAGUCUUGUCUUAUACAUCAAAAGCUAAUAUCUUUCAAGGUAAUCAUAGCCCUCUUUUCGAGAUAGCUAUUCAGCCUACUCUCACUGUUGCAACUGAAGCAUAUGCUGUUGGAGCUUUGGCAUUCUUGCUCUAAAUUAGGUUUGUACUUUUGUAAACUUAAAGAUGUAAAGUAGCUUAGAGGUCAAUAGUAGAACGCAAUCUUCGAUUGGACGAUUAAAUCUACCUUUUCUCUGUGCAAGCAGUAGUAGCAAAGUGUCACAACCACAUCGAUAAGCCUUGGUAGGCAUAUUGACAAAAUUGGGAAUGGACUCUACUGUAACAGGAUCUUUCUCACGUUCAAACUUGGCUACGAUAACCACCGAGAUCUCGCGAUUAUCGGGUAGAAAAUAGGGGAUGCUGCUUGGUUGGGAGGAUGAGAGUUGCGUUUAAUAACACUUAACCAGUGAAGUGUCAUCAGACUGAGAACUAAGAUCAUCACCGAGCUGAACGUCAUUCUCACAACAAAAGCUGGGCACUUGAAGUUCUUUCUUAGGUCUACAGAGGGCAUUCAUAAAACACCGCAGGAUCAAGAGAUCUCGGGCUACUUGAAAGAUGACCUUUCUAACCCCUUAGAAUUUUUGUGAUCUUCUUCAGGGGAGCUUUGUAUAUAACUCCUCAAAUCUCUCUAUCAGUUUUAGAGAUUCAUUAGAGGCGAAUCUAGACGCAUCUACUUGUAGUUAGAUUAAUCAAGAAGA